AUGUGGCGCCCGUCAGAGAGCGCUACGGGAUGGCUUGUCAUAGUGCUGACAGCCAUUGGUAUGGCACUCUCGAACCUGUUGAUGGUCUUUGCAGUGGAGUACUUGGUCCGCUUCAAGUUCCACACUGUGCAAGUGGCUAUGGACAAGUUUGGAGUGGCUGCCGGUAUUUUGGUUCUCAUGGCCCUGAUGUUUGUCUUUGCCCUGGUUCUCACUUCCCUUGUCCAUGGACUGGCGCCCGAAGCAGGUGGUUCUGGAUCAGCUGAGAAUAAGGCCUGGCUGAAUGGCUUCGACACUUCCAAGCUUUUCAGCCCCACAAUCCUUGCAGUGCGCUUCGUGGCAGUGAUUUUCUCCAACACCACGGGGUUCCCUUGUGGUCGCGAAGGGCCCACAGUCGCUCUAGGCGGUGGCAUGGCCUUCAUACUUUGCCGAUGUAUCAGUGCCAAACACAAGGAGGCCAGAGAGUAUUUGGACAUGCGUGCUGGAGCACCUGGUGCAGUGCGUAUGGGUUGUAUUGUAGGAGGAGCUUGUGGCAUGGCAAUGAUCUUUAAUGCCCCACUGGGGGGCAUCCUCUACAUGUUCGAAGAAGUCAGCUCUUCGUUUUGGCCCAUGGAGCUCACCUUCAAGUCUUUUGUGGGCUGUACGAUUUGUACCACCCUGUCCUAUUCGUUGCUGGCCGUGGUGCAUCGCGGGAUCCGGGAGUUCGUGAUCUUUGAAAUGUGGUACGGCCCUGCUGUUCAGGAUUACCGGGCAUGUGACAUCCUGCCUUUCAUCAUAUUGUCGGUGCUCUUGGGUUUCCUUGCCCCUCUUCACACGAUGCUGUGCUUGAAGGUGCAGGAGAUGAGAAAACAUUUGCAGAGCGAAACUGUGCUGCGCAGAUUCCAGCCUUGGGCAAAGAUGAUAGACACGGUGCUUUUCGCAAUCCUUUGCGCGGCGGCUGUGGGGCUUGCGAGUUUGUCAGGAGAAUGUCAUGAGAUCCCGGAGCAGAAGCUGCAGCAAGAUCUCAGCUAUGUCCAAUUCCAAUGUGAAGAGGGCUUCUUCAAUCCAGUAGCCUCCCUGUUGCUUACUACGCCCGACGGAGCGGUGAAGAUGCUCUUCAAUCGGGAUAAUUUUGAGUUUUUGGGUUUGGCCUCCGCGGUUUCGUUCUUGACAUACUUCACUUUGAACGUCCUCUUCACUGGAGUCCCUGUGCCUACGGGUAACUUUACGGGGGCGAUGCUGAUUGGUGGCAUGGCUGGGCGGCUGAUCGGCUGUGUGCUGGGUCAUUUGCUGCCACAGAUGGACUUCGCACCUCAAGGAAUUUAUUCCAUGAUUGGUGCCGCGGCCAUGCUGUCGGGCUUCAAGCAGAUGACCAUAGCUCCUGUGAUGUUCAUUGUCACUGCUGCCAAUAAUGUGGACAUUGCUGCCCCAUUGAUGAUGGCUGUCAGCAUCAGCCUCUUCAUCAGUCACAUGGUCGCUUGUCAAGACGCGUGGGAUGAGGAGCAGUUGAUCCGCAAGAAACUUCCUUAUUUGCCUCCGGAAUUUUGCAAAGAAUUGCGCCAUUUCUCUGCAUGUGACUUGAUGGAUGAGCUUCCAGCUGCAGCUUGUCAGCUGAAGCCCUUUGCUCUCACGUCUCAGAUUGAUGAAGCACUGAUGUGCUGCUCAGCACCCUGGUUCCCAAUGCUCGAUGGACCACGAUGUGCCUCCCUUUUGCCACGCUCUGGAUUGGAAAAGCAGCGGCGAAAACAUUUGGGAACAGAUUCGAUUCAUGUGGGCGCAGUUGCCCAAAGGACAGGGAUACAGAUCCUUGAGGGCACUUCAGCUGCUUCUUUGUACCCGCUUUUCGCUCAAGCCCAUCUGCAACUGAAGUUGAACUGGUCGCUGAGAAGGGAGACUGCGCUACAGACGACAGUGACGCUGAUUCUGAGUCAUCCGACAGGGACAUUGCAUAAGGCUGGGCAACUUCACUGGCUUCGAUCGAGAAGAUCCAUGUAUGGCGCGUCGAUGCAUAGAGUUUCCACAACGUGA